AUGAUCUCUGAAAGCGGCACCCGGCGUGUGGGCAGGCUCAGCCUACUUGCCACAGCCAUGGGGUGCAUUCAGCUUUGCUGCUUUGCGCAGAUCGGGCUACGUGCGCAGCAGACAUCCCUACAGGAGAAGAAGGUGUCAGAUCUUAAAGAGCUCCUGCGCAGCAAAGGCCUAAAAGUCAGCGGGCGCAAGAAAGAACUGGUCGAGAGACUCCUGGCCAGUGCUGAGGAGCCUGUGGCCAAGAAGCCGAAGAAACCUUCAGGGGCCCGCUCUGACAAUGCUGCUGUAGAGGUUUCAUUUGAGGAGACGGACUUGAACACUUGGAUAGCUCUACGGUCUGCGCUUGCGUUAGCCUUUCAAGACCCUGAGCAAGGUGAUCCCAAGCUUUUCCAGGAGGCUAAAGACAAGUUGGCCUCCUACACAGCCGACUUUCCUGAAAUCUUCGGAUCUUUGAGGGAUCAGCAAAGAGACAGUGUCCUACAAGGCUUGUUGCGCAGGGGGCGGUGUCUCAUUGCAGACGAGAUGGGUUUGGGCAAGACAUUCACGUCCCUGGUCUUGGCGCAGAUCUAUGCAGAGGAAUGGCCACUUCUUAUUGUGGCACCAACCUCCGUGCUGGACAACUGGGUCAAGGAGGUGACGAAGUGGCUGCCGCACAUUGCUUCAGAGGUUGAGAUACUGGAUAGCCGCUUCUUGAAAGAGAAGUAUUUGAUGGAGAAAUGGGAACGAAAACUGAUUUUUGUUGCCUCGUACGAUCAGAUCCGCCUUAAACCUGCGCUUGCACGACAAUCUGAUGGUGCCCCAUAUAAGGUUGUCAUUUUGGAUGAGGCACACAAAAUGAAAGACCCUCACAGCCAGCGCUCCCAGGCACUGCUGCCAGUUUGCCGGGCAGCAAAUCGCUGCAUACUUCUCACUGGCACGCCUGUGCUCAAUGCUGCCUAUGAGAUUUGGACGCCGAUGGCAGCGCUUGACGUAAACAUCCCGCCGUUUGAUCAGUUCUGUCGGCGCUACUCGGACUUCAAUUAUGUUCAGGAGCAAGACGGCAGCGUCACGAAAAAGCUGAUUGGAGCAAGAAAUAUCGAAGAGCUGCAUGGCAUUUUUGCCAGCUAUAUGGUUCGAAAGAAGAAGGAGGAAGUGCUCCCAGAUCUAGCCAAGAUCAGAAAGCGCAAGGAGAACCUGCGUGACAAGAUCGACACCAAGUACGUGAAGAAUAUCAUGGGCAUUCUCAAGCGCAAAGCAGUCUUCCAUCACCAAGUUGCCAAGAUAUUUUCGCAGACUGCUAAGGCCAAGGCAGCACCGGCAACAGAUUUCGUUGAAAGACUGCUGAUGAAGGAGACAGAUGCAAAGCUGGUGGUAUUUGGUCAUCACUACGUGCUUUUUGAUCAGAUGGAAAAGAUGUUAAAAAGAUUGCAAAAGAAGUACAUCCGCCUCGAUGGGAGGGUUGCCAAACCUUUGCGUCAGGGAUUGAUCGACAAGUUCCAAGAGGAUGAAGAGGUGGAGGUAGCAAUUGUUGCGAUGAAAGCUUGUGGUCAAGGUAUUUCUUUAACGGCUGCUCGAACUGUUGUUUUCGCCGAGCUUUUGUGGACUCCAGCGAUCUUGGAACAAGCUGAAGCACGAGUUCAUCGACAUGGGCUCAAGCAUGAUGUGGACAUCAUCUACUGCGUUUUGGAAGGCAAACCCUUCAUGGAUGAUGCAGUAAUCAGGAAGAUCAAGGACAAGGAGAUUCUUGCCGACCGCAUCACAGAUGGUCAAGAACUUGAGUCCAGCCGUUUUGAAUGUGUACAAAGUGCCUCCGUUGAAUGGGAGUAA